AUGGCAGAACAAGAUUCAUUACUAACUUCUUCUCCUCACGAAUCUUCUUCUUCGAUUCUGUCUGAAAUAUCAAAUGUCUCCACGAAAGCUUUUGUUCUUGCUUUCAUUGUCGGUUCUUGUGGAGCUUUUGCCUUUGGUUGCAUUAUCGGAUAUUCAGCUCCUACACAGUCCAGUAUCAUGAAAGACUUGAAUCUCUCCAUCGCUGAUUAUUCACUUUUUGGAUCGAUAUUGACGGUUGGACUAAUUCUUGGAGCGUUAAUCUGUGGAAAAUUAACAGAUUUGGUUGGUCGUGUCUACACAAUAUGGAUUACAAACAUACUCUUUAUAAUCGGCUGGUUCGCUAUUGCAUUUGCCAAGGGUGUUUGGAUGCUCGAUCUUGGAAGGUUAUUGCAAGGGAUCUCGGUUGGAAUUAGCGCAUAUUUGGGACCGGUUUACAUCACCGAGAUAGCACCAAGAAACUUGCGAGGAGCUGCUUCUUCCAUGGCGCAGUUAUUCGCCGGUGUUGGUAUAUCAGUCUUUUAUGCACUUGGAACAGUAGUUACUUGGCGCAAUUUAGCCAUUUUGGGUUCUAUACCUUCUCUUAUGAGUCUGCCCCUUCUUUUCUUCAUCCCCGAAUCUCCGAGAUGGCUAGCUAAGGUAGGUAGAGAAAAUGAGGUUGAGGCAGUUUUAUUAAACCUGCGAGGAGCAGAAGCUGAUGUAUCAGAUGAAGCAACAGAGAUAUUAGAUUAUACAAAAUAUGUUAAAGAACAACAAGACGUUGAUGGCCGUGAUUUUUUCAAGUUAUUUCAGCGAAAAUACGCAUAUUCACUUACUAUUGGAGUAGUUCUCAUAGCUUUGCCUCAGCUUGGAGGUCUUAAUGGUUAUAGUUUUUACACUGACUCCAUUUUCACCUCUACCGGUGUAUCGAGUGACGUUGGAUUCAUCUUGACAUCUAUUGUUCAGAUGUUUGGAGGCAUUCUAGGUGCUGUGCUUGUGGAUGUAUCAGGAAGACGUUCACUCCUACUUGUUUCUCAAGGUGGAAUGUUUUUGGGUUGUCUUGCAACAGCCAUUUCAUUUUUCUUGCAGAAGAAGUCUUGGUGGGAUACAGGAACACCUAUCUUGGCUCUCAUUAGUGUUAUGGUGUAUUUUGGAUCAUACGGAUUAGGCAUGGGAGCAAUACCAUGGAUCAUAGCAUCAGAGAUUUAUCCAGCAGAUGUAAAGGGAGCGGCAGGAACAGUUUGUAACUUGGUCAGCUCUAUAAGUUCAUGGCUCGUUGCUUACUUUUUCAAUUUUUUGCUUCAAUGGAGUUCCACGGGAACAUUUAUGAUGUUUGCAACAGUGACUGCCCUUGGAUUUGUGUUCAUAGCUAAGCUUGUUCCAGAGACCAAAGGAAAAUCUUUAGAAGAAAUCCAAUCUCUUGUCACUUAUUCUCCUCCUCAAGAUUCUACAAUAUUCUAA